CACCAUCAUCGUCGGUGACGUCCGUAGCCAUCAAGGUUGAAAUCGUUUAACCCCGAGCCAUGCUGUGGGCCAGGCGAGCAAUGCAACGGUUUGUGCGGACACCGAUGGCGCCGAUUCGGAUCGCGAAGUUUAUAGCCGCCGCGUUGUUGGCCCCAACCGUUCUUGGACAGAAGCCCAGCUACUUGCCUGUCUACCAGAUGAACCUCUCUACCAUCAUCAUGCCUUGCAACUUCACAGGCCCUACCCACCCAUUUACGACGGUCGGUUGGGGUGUCAUCGAUAUUGAUAAUUCGAACUGGAAAGGCACGGGCGAUAGCGACGGUUGGGCGAAGGCCAGCCCCAUGGAUUGUGAGGAACGAAUGGCGAAACAGGUUCAGAUGACUAAGCGGGGCUCCCCGCAAACAAAGGUAUGGGUGUACAGGAACAGCAUCAUCGCGCUUCCUUGGUACAGCAGCGUGCGUGUCAAAUUAGAGGACCCUGCCUACGCUUACUGGUUUCUGAACUUCACUGACCCAGUUCCAAGUAUCAAGCAACGUGGCAACGCCAACACCACGUGCGAUUUCAAUUUCGACCCGCCAAGGUGUUCGAUGGCUUUUCACGAAACCACGCACGCGCCAGGCUACCCAGACGGUGAUGGCAAGUGCGCAGCUCCGGGUUGUGACGUGGGCUCAAUUCCCAUUGGUGCAUAUUUUUUCAACCCUGCUGCUGCGAAUCAUUCUGUGCAUGGCCAGACGUUCACCGAAUGGUUUGUCGAUGAGUAUGUUUUCGGGCCAGACGGCGGCGGCAACGAGAAUAUCUCGGGUUUUUUCUUCGACGAUCAGUUUUUGCCCAGCGGCGUCACGGAGAGUCAAGCCAACCUCUCGAACCUAGGUUUCACCAAAGAGGAAGGCGAGGAGUAUUCAGCUUAUUAUAGGCAAUACAUGCAAGUCGUAUACGAAGAAGUGCUGAAGCGUGGGAAGUUCAGCUGGCAGCAGAUGUGGUGCGCAAUAUGGCAAAAGAAGGGCCCGAACCACACUUGCAGGUCUACGCCAGACCCUCUGGUGACCAAAGGAAACUGCGCCAACCAGCUGCGCAGCCUGUGCAACGCCAGCAGUCCGCAGCUCACAGGGCGAGCAAUGAUGUAUCAGUUCAGUGGGGGUCAGACUGAGCAUCUGCCGGAGUUCGAGCAGGACUUGGCCAACUUCCUCCUCGUCCGCGGUGAGCACGCUUGGCUCGGCCACGGCUGGAAGGGCUGCUCUCGCAACUACAUGUUUCCCCAGGCCCUCAACAGGGACUACGGUGAGCCCAAGGAGAUCUGCAAGGAGACUGCAGAGCACUCUGGCGUGUUCACGCGCGAGUGGACGAAGGCGUCGAUCCAGAUGGAUUGCAACACGUACACGCCCGCGAUUGAGAUGAAGGACGAGCUCUCGCAACAAGAGCUCGAUGCCUACAAUUUCUUGUGAGGGUUUCGCCGCCGCGCCUACGCUUUCGUCUAACUCUACCGAGGGGCCGCCAGCGUGCACCCCGGAUGCGACGCCGAACUGGGUAAGGACAGGCUCUCAGAGGCUCGCCGCACUUGGUAUGUGGCGUUGCCAGCUUUCCCGGCGAUGUUCCGUCCCACGCUGCGGGGGCCACGCUGCGGGGGCGGGGCCGAGCUGGAGGCUCGCCGCGCUUUGCUGCGAGGUGGAGGCCUAGAUCCAGAGCCCGAGGCCCUCGCCCGCGC